ACUGCACCUGAAUGUCGUACAAUAAUAACAGCAGUGCAUGCAGCAUGCAUACGGCCGCGACGGUCGAUCAUCUUCAUUCUCGGCACGAUCAGAAGUUGUGGUUAUUAUUGAGCGCUCUGGGUUCGCCAGCAACUAGUUUUUCGAGCAACAGCCAGAUCUUAUUGCCAGCGGAAUCAUGGCUGACACGUCUGACAGCAGUCCCCAAACCCGGACUCCCCAAGACGGCGGGAAUGCCGCCGCAGUACUAGCCAUUGGCGUAACCGUACUGAUGCUCCUCUAUUGGCAGCGACAGCGCAUCGCAUCCCGUGAUCUUCCGCCUGGACCUUCAGGAUGGCCGUUUGUGGGCAAUCUGCGGCAGCUGGGACCGGUGCGCCAUAUCAGCUUCAUGGCACUGGCCCAGCAGUACGGAUCCGUAUUCCGGGUGUACUUCGCUUCCAAGCUCGCCAUUGUGCUGAAUGAUUACGGCAGUAUUCGGGAGGCGUUUGCGCAAGAUGGGUGUAGUGGACGUGUUAAAGGCACAUUGGUGGAGGAAUUUACCGAAGGCAAAGGUUUAUUUAUGAGCGACGGGGAACUAUGGAAAGAGCACCGGCGUUUCGCAUUGUCGACAUUACGCGAUCUGGGAAUGGGCAAAUCCUGGUUGCAAGAGCGCAUUCUGGAAGAAGUGGAUGUUAUCGUGGACAUUCUCGCUGCGCAGAACGGGCAACCCUUCGACCCGGCGCACGUGAUCACCAACGCGGUAUCCAGUAUUAUCUGCGCUGCCAUGUUUGGCCGACGUUUUGCCUACGAUGAUGAGGAGUUUCGCGGUUUAUUACGCGUGCUGAAGGAAGGACUGAAAAACCUCGGACAAUCUAAUAUGCUGAUGCUGUUUCCCUCGCUUAAGUAUCUGCCGGUUUUCCGGAAGAAGUACGCGCGGAUGAAGGCGGAACAGGAUUUUGUUUUCAACUAUGUGGAACGCAUGAUACAGGAGACGAGAAAGACCAGAAGUCUGGACAGUCCGGAUUAUGUCAAUGCAUUUCUGCGCGAAGCUGAGCGCCAAAAGCAACAGCACAUACCAACCACAUUCGAAAGUAAGCAGCUGCAGGUUAGCGUGGUGAAUAUGUUCGUGGCUGGCACGGAGACUACAUCCUCCACGCUGCUGUUAGGAUUGCUUCGCAUGGUGGAAAAUCCCGAAGUUAUGAGACGUCUUCAGGCCGAAUUGGACGAAGUCGUCGGUCGUUCCGGUUCUGUAGGGAUUGAACAUCGAAGUCAUUUACCGUUCACGGAAGCGACGCUUCUGGAAAUUCUGCGGUUAGAUUCCGUUGCGCCGAUCGGGGCAAUUCACCGCACCACGGAAACCAUCCACAUCGGCAAAUUUACAAUACCAAAAAAUGCCUUGGUCAUCUCUAACCUGUACGCUGCACAUCGCGAUGCGGCGGUGUUUGACGCUCCUGAUGUGUUUCAUCCCUCAAGAUUCGUGGAUGAAAAUGGGAAAUUUAUCAAGUCGCCUUUUGUCAUACCCUUCUCGAUUGGGAAGCGAGCAUGUUUAGGAGAAUCAUUGGCACAAAUGGAGCUGUUCCUAAUCUUUGCUAAUAUCCUGCACCAGUUUGAUUUGGUUAUUCCAGAAGGCGAGACAGUCUCCUCGGCCGGUGUUCGCGUCGGCGUCACGCUUAUUCCAAGCCCGUAUAAACUGAUGUUUCGAAAGCGGUAAUUUUGGCAAAAUAAGCGAAAAAUGCGAAAAAUUUAUAAUAAAUCGUGCGGCUGUUUUAGAUAAAAUGUGGUUAUUGUGUUUCUUCUAUUCGUUUUAAGUUUUUGAUUUUUAGAUCUGCAGAGAGUUGAGUUGAUGAUGUACGUUUGGUACAUUGAAAAUGGUGUAAUUAUGACGUUGAGCAGGAAUCAUGCUGUCUUAUGAAUUUUGGACGCUAUAAAUUCCCAGUUAUUUACACAGUAUUGCCGGUAGUUCUGAUUGUAGCAGGCACUGCAUUAAUGAAUGGUAAGAUACGUAUAAUAAGUACUUACUGUAAGAGUAGCUACUAGCUAGAUUAGGCAGUUGCAGAUAUAGGUAAGUACCGUAGUCGCAUAGUUACGAAUUGAAUAAUUAUUUUGCGCUAUUUGGAAUUCAAAUACUAACAACGAGUGCAGUUAUAACUUGAUUACCAAUUUAUGCAGUUUUUGCCGUCAACAUGCACACUCGACAAAAUCCGGUAACCUUUUGCUAUCCUGAUAACAAACAAGAAGUCUUAACGCCAAACAUCAAACGACUUGUCUGCAUCAAACCGAUCUUCCCGGACAGACCACGUAUUCGAAUACCUCGAGGAUUUCGUCAGAUACUAGAAGGAUUUGCAAGGGAAGUGUUACGGCAGCAGCCGCCCAAUAUUAAUGAGUUUGGUGCGGAAUAUUUUGCUGAUCUAGCGCAGGAGAAUCGAUCCCGUCGAACCAUUCCUUAUGAAGUCGUUGAUGAAAGAUAAAAAUUCCAGACUGCGAGAGCGAUCAAAACUGGUGACCCUUUAUUGAUUUUGUAGGAGUAUUGCGUUCUCAGGUUCACAUUCAAUAAAAUGUACGAGAUUGUACAUACAAACAACAUAUUUUAACAAUCAGUGCCACACUACAAUUGUGUAAAACAAUUUGUGCUUUUUGGUUGUUGCAAAUUCGACAUCCAUUACAAUACAGUAAUUCGAUUUAACUACGACCGCGUCCACCACUUCCGCCGCAGUACAGGUUGUUCAGUUUCUGAUAAUCACCAGCGCUGAUACGGC